AUGGCGCUACAAGCACAAGAAGGUCUCGACGAGCCGGACUCGCGACCCAUUAUUCUCUGCUUACAUGGCGGAGGCUCAACCUCGACCGUCUUCAAGAUUCAAUGUCGGCGACUGAUAUGGACUUUGGGAGGCCAAUUCAAGUUCCUUUUCGCACAAGCGCCCCACGAAGGCGAUCCAGGUCAUGGGAUGCUACCAGUUUUUGAGUCUUGUGCGCCAUUCUAUCGAUGGGUGACGCGGAGAUGGAGGUUAGGUGACGGAUCUGUGGAGCCUACGCCAGUUGAAGAAAUCCGCUUAGUCGACCAAGCCUUGGACAACGCCGUCGAGCGAGAAGCGGGCAGUGAGGGAUGGAAGCGAGUGGUGGGCCUCAUCGGCUUCAGCCAGGGUGCAAGGCUCGUAGGCGGUCUUCUACUCAGACAGAAGCUAUGGGAGAAGACACACCCUGGCGAGGAAGAGAACUGCAAGUGGCAAAUCAAAUUCGGCGUCGUGGUUGGAGGGCCUUUUCCCCCGAUUGCAAUGAGCGACCAGGCUGAAGAGGAGCAGUACGAGCUGCUCAGGCAGGUGCCAACCGUUCAUGCAUGGGGACAUGACGAUCAUGUCAGGACUGGGUGUGUGGAGAUGCUCAAAGUCUGUGAAAGCGAUGUAUGCUUCGAGAUGCAAUUCGAAGGCGGUCAUCAUAUGCCACUAAAAGAUGUGGAGGCGAAGGAUCUCUGCGACUUAAUCAUGGCUGCGUGGUAUGCUAGCGGAGGAAGCUAUGGGGUAGCGCAAGGCCAAAAGUACUGA